AAAAAAAAGAAAAAAAUCAAACGGCGAGAGGAGGAAGCGAUGGUUGAAUCGGAGAGAACGAAGCACACGUGUCUCAGACUCGAACUCUCCGGCACCGAUCCGAUAUUCGUCAAAGGCACUUGGCAUCCCUCUCGUUUCGAUAUCUCCGUCACCGAUGGCUCCUCCUCUUGGCUUUGCAACGCAACGGAGGAGGAGGUAGCGGAGCGGGCGGCGCAGUGGGACCAGCCGGUAUCGGAGUAUGUCAAGCUCGCGGAGCAGUACUUAGGGUUUCAGCAGCCAAACUCGAUCUACAGCUUCUCCGAUGCUCUUGAGGGAUCUAAACGGCUCUCUUGGACGUUUGAGAAGGAAGGGACUAAACUGGAGUGGAGGUGGAAGUGUAAACCGUCACAUGACAGCAAGAAGAUCACUGUUGGGAUCUUGGAUUUUCUUAUGGAGGCUAACAUAAGGCUAAGUGAAGAAGUUGUGAAUAAGACAAGAUCUUUUGAGAAGAUGAAAAGUGAAGCUGAGAGAUGCUUAACGCAAGGUGAACGGCUCUGCAGUGAUAAAGUGGAGUUUGAGGAAGCAACUUACGCAAAGUUUCUUUCUGUGUUAAAUGCGAAGAAGGCAAAGCUCAGAGCACUAAGGGACAAAGAAGAUUCAGGGAAAGAAGUUGCAGAGGAAGAGGACACGGACAAAGGUGAAAGCUCUGAGAGUGGGAGAAGUGACAAUGAGCAGAGUGAGGAAGAACCCUCAAAGAAGGCAGCAACAACAAGCAGCAGAGGCCGUGGCAGGAAGAGAGCUGCACGCGGUUGAGAGAUUCCCCUGCCUUGAGAUAAUAGGUCAUGAAUAAGCAUUAUAGGUUUUGUCAAGUUUAAAUGCUAGGACAUGAUGUGUCUUCACUUCCACACAAACAGAAGUAGCUCAUGUAGGAGAAAUUAUGUUCCCACUCUCACGUUUUCGUCAAAUUUUGUACUCCGCUAACGUGUUCUCGUCGAGUGUUGUUAGUCUUUGUAAUUUCACAUAAGUUGUAAUGGUCUCACCGUUUGUUAUAUGGUUUAUGUUCACUGUUUAUGUUUCUUAUAGUUAUCAUCAUACCACUCUUC